UUUUAAUUCAAUCGCCCUGAACUGUCGCGACCAAGAUACAGGAUGAUGGAGAAAGCGGUCCAGCUGCAGCUCGCGGCGCGGGAGAGGUGGCUGCAGAAGGACGAAGUGUUGUUUCUCCUGACGAACUACAUGGCCAGCGGCCUGCCGGUUCACGUCUCACCGCAGUGUCGACCGCCAAGUGGAACGCUCUUUGUAUGUGACAGCGUCAUGGACUUCAAGAAGGACGGAUGGACGUGGCAAAAGCAGAAAGGCAGCAAGACCAAGAUCCGCGAAGACCGCGCCAAGCUUGUCGUGACGCGUGGAAACGUCGUGCUUGGCGUGUACGUGCACUCGGCGGAUAAUCCGUGCUUCCACCGCCGAAGCUAUUCGUUGCGCGACGAAUCGAACCGCAUGAUCCUCGUGCAUUAUUUGGAGGACGACAGCAAGAAGCAAGCUCUGCGGGACGCGCCGCACGAGUGCAGUCGUCCCUUCGACGCGUCGUCAGUUGUGAACGACGCAUUGGCCGACUUCCAUCCAAGCGAUCCCGACGACGAUCACAAUGACGACGAUACCGCCUUGGACGACCUCCUCCUGGACAACCACAUGCCUCGGAUGAUCGCUUUCGACCCUUCAAAUCAAAUGAUGCCACCCCCACCGCAUGUCCUGGACGACUCCAUUCCACUGCUCGUACAGAUCACCGACUUUUCGCCGAAUUGGGACUUCUGCACCGGCGGCGCCAAGAUCCUCAUCUGCGCCGCGUCCCCGCCACCCUACUCGACCUUAUUCGUGUGUUUUGGCUCGACCGCGGUCGUCCGUGCCGAAUCCCUCUCCCCCACCGUCCUCCGAUGUUGCGCUCCACCAUCCGAUACGGCGGGAGUGGUGCCGUUGCGCAUUGCCACGUAUGUGGGCACCCAAUUGAUCUUCGUGUCGACCCCUGGCCACUUCCUCUUUAAACCCGCCGCCAGCCCAUCCCAUAUGUCUGUGUCCAGCGGCGUCCAUCAGCCCCCGCCAAAGUACCCGACGCUCGACUGGGGUACCUCCAAACAAGUGCCCGCGUUCAGCGAUGUCGUCGCCCAAGGGGGGGGUAGCAACAGCAGCAGCAGCAGCACGUUCAAGCGCGCAAGGAGCGAGCACAACUUGGACGACAUGACCAGCCUGUCGUUCCCGUCCAGCCCGACCAACAGCCUCCGCGGCCUGGACGAGUUGGACGACCGGCAAUACAAAAUCCGCGUCGUCGAGCGGUUGCACGAGUUCCGGCGGGUGAUCAUCUCCCACCCCAGCGCCAAAAACGUGGCGGAUGGCGGCGCUUCGACGCAGCCCCAGUCGCUACUUGGUCCGUCGUCGAUCGUGCUGAGACCUGCGGCCACGGUGGAAGUGGCGUCGCUGAUGCUGGACGACUCUGCGAUUGCCGCGCUGAGCGACGUCGAGCUGGGGGCGCUGUCGGAGCAGCUCAUCGAAGACGUCGUCAAGCAAUUGGUGGCGCUGGCCGGCACAUCCCCCGAACUGCUCGAAGAAUUGAACUCGCUGGACGACGCAGGACUGAGCUUAUUGCAUUACGUGUGCUUUUACAACUGCGGCCAGCUCGUGCCGCUGCUCUUGUCCCACGGCGCAAAUGUCAAUCAGCGCAGUGCUCAAGGGCAAACCCCGCUGCAUUUAGCGGCGGGAUGUGGCCACUGGGGCAUCGUGCGGUUGUUGCUGUCGGAACAAGCCGACGGCGCCAUGCUCGAUCUAGACAACUUUACUCCUGCGGAUCGCGCUGACAAGUAUGGACAUGGGGACAUUGCGGCGUUCCUGCGAAGUCUGUCGCCGCCAUCGCCUCUGACGAAACCCGUGGACGAGGUCAAGUGCAUGGGAACGCUGCUGGACUCGAGUGCCGUCGAUCGAAGCAGCCAUUACAACCGCAACUUUCUCCUUGGCGCAUUCUCGACCAUGAGCUUACACGACAAGUGUGCAUUGUCGUUGGGUACGAAGCGCCGCAGCAGCAGCCUCGGGGACCCGUUUGACGAGGACAACGAGUUGGAAGUGAGCAGCAGCGUCAUGACGGACACGGACGACGGCCGACUCAUGGCGGCAAUGGAGCUCAUGGCGCCCGACGAGCUGGCGCUGCUCGAGGAAGACGCGCGGGUGAUCCAGCACAACGUCCGCGCGUGGCUGCUGCGCCGAAGCUACCGCCACAUGCGCGACACGACGCGGAAACUCAAAGAAGCGACCCAAACCAUCGCCAAGCAAAGCCUGGAAAAGGCGGCCGUGACCGUCCAAGCCGCCACACGGAGUAUGAUGGUACGCCGCAGCUUUCUGCAGCAGCGCAACACUGCCAUCAAAGUCCAAGCGGGUGUGUAUGUGUGUAGCGGCGCGCGGGAUCAUUUGCCGGAAAAAAUUUGCACAAAUGAAGACAGAAGCGCUGGCGUCGCUCGUGAUCCAGCGAAAUGCCACAGGCAAAAAACAACCAUCCACGAAUUAAUCACUACUAGUAGAUAGACUACUAGUAGUAGGGACUAGACUACUAGUAGUAGAUAGACACACAUAUAUAUAAUUGUACAGUACCCAUAGUCAAGAAUGAUGCUGACAGCAUGGGGUAAUUGGUCGGGGGUGGGGGGUGGGGGGGGGGUUGUGUAUGUAUAAGGAACACGUGGGUCUAGUUUACUGGUUGUUUAGUCUUCGCGGAAUCGUUUGAACCCUGGGAUCGGGGGAGUCCACGUGGGGAACCCUCGUCGGUUGGUGACCAGCGAGAAGUCUUCGACGAGCGCUUCGUUGCGCAACUCGUCGGUCGGCAACGCGUUGAUCGCUGCCCAUUUCAGGUUGAUCUUCAUCUGCAAAUCCUUCAUGAGUUCGUUGUGGCGCACCGACGUCAUUCUGUUGUACGUGCGACCAAUUUCAAAGUGCUCGCGCUUCUCUUCCUCUGACCACGUGUACUCCUCGGGCUCGCGUCCUUUCAGUGCACGCAGCAUCACGUCGUACUUGCCCGAAUCGUUGCCCUUUUCGUUCUUCUUCGACGUGGUCUUGAACUUGGCGCUCUUCGCUGGUCGGUCCGACGCGGCUUUCUUUGGCUUAGCUGUCGCGAACGUUCGUUGGACACCGCUGGACGCGCGGGACGCGCUCACGAUUCGGCGGAACAUGGCUCAAAUCCAGUGUGUCACCGA